UAGCCCGCCCCCCGCGGGUGACGCGCGUCCGAUCCGCGCAGCGCCCGGCAGGCAGCAUGCGCGCGGAGGCCCGCGGCGGCCUGGAGCGCUUCUGCAGCGCGGGCAAGGGCCGGGGGCUGCGGGCGCUACGGCCCUUCCGCGUGGGCGAGCUGCUCUUCUCCUGCCCGGCCUACGCCUACGUGCUCACGGUCAACGAGCGCGGCAACCACUGCGAGUGCUGCUUCGCCAGGAAAGAAGGGUUGUCAAAAUGUGGAAGAUGCAAGCAGGCGUUUUACUGCGAUGCGGAUUGUCAGAAGGAAGACUGGCCAAUGCACAAGCUGGAGUGCUCUCCCAUGGUGGUUUUGGGGGAAAACUGGAAUCCUUCAGAGACAGUGCGGCUCACAGCAAGGAUUCUGGCUAAGCAGAAAAUCCACCCAGAGAGGACACCUUCAGAGACACUGCUAGCCGUGAAGGAGUUUGAAUCACAUCUGGACAAACUAGAUAACGAGAAGAAAGAUCUCAUUCAAAGUGACAUCGCUGCCCUGCGUCAGUUCUACUCCAAGCACCUCGAGUUCCCCGACCAGAGCAGCCUCCUGGUGCUCUUUGCCCAGGUCAACUGUAAUGGCUUCACCAUUGAAGACGAAGAGCUCUCUCAUUUAGGAUCGGCGAUAUUUCCUGAUGUUGCAUUAAUGAAUCACAGCUGUUGUCCCAAUGUCAUCGUAACCUACAAGGGGACCCUGGCGGAAGUCAGAGCUGUACAGGAAAUCCACCCAGGAGAAGAGGUGUUCACCAGCUACAUAGACCUGCUGUACCCAACGGAGGACAGGAAUGACAGGCUAAGAGACUCCUACUUCUUCACCUGCCAGUGCCAGGAGUGUACCACAAAAGACAAGGACAAAGCCAAGGUGGAAAUCCGGAAACUCAGCAGUCCCCCAAAGGCAGAAGCCAUUCGAGACAUGGUCAGAUAUGCGCGCAACGUCAUUGAGGAAUUCCGCAGGGCCAAGCACUACAAGUCCCCUAGUGAGCUGCUGGAGAUCUGUGAGCUCAGCCAGGAGAAGAUGAGCUCCGUGUUUGAGGACAGUAACGUGUACAUGCUGCACAUGAUGUACCAGGCCAUGGGUGUCUGCCUGUACAUGCAGGACUGGGAAGGAGCCCUGAAAUACGGACAGAAGAUCAUCAAGCCCUACAGUAAGCACUACCCUGUGUACUCCCUCAACGUGGCGUCCAUGUGGCUGAAGCUGGGAAGGCUGUACAUGGGCCUGGGAAACAAAGCUGCUGGGGAGAAAGCCUUGAAGAAGGCCAUUGCCAUUAUGGAAGUAGCUCAUGGCAAGGACCAUCCAUACAUCUCUGAGAUCAAGCAGGAGAUUGAGAGCCACUGACUAUGCUGCUGUUCCGAGUCAUUCAGAAACCUCCCGGGAUUUAAGUAUCACCAGCCUCAGAGGUCACUCCAUUUCUGCAAACUUGUUAGAGUGCUGACACUAAGUCUUGCCCAUGCCAUGUGCCUGGUUGGUCUUCAUCUCCGACCCUCAUACUAAUGUCCAGUGCUUUCUGUUUUUCUAAGAGGUCGUGGCGUGGUUUCAUGUAUUUAUAAUGUACUUUGGGCAGAUGGAAUUUUUAAAUGCAGUUAGUUUUCCAUCCAUGCUGCUGGAAUGUUCUGCACAAAGUUGAAUGAUGAAAGAAUAAAGGAGAGACAGUG